GAGAAAAAUCAGUUGAUGACAACAAAUGUUUGGAUGAAACAGGAAUGGAUAGAUGUAAAAUUAAGGUGGAAACCUGAAGACUAUGCUGGAAUAACAUCUAUUCGUGUCCCAUCAGAGUCUAUCUGGAUUCCAGAUAUUGUGUUGUAUGACAAUGCAGAUGGUCGUUUUGAAGGAACAUCUACAAAAACAGUAGUAAAAUAUGAUGGGACCGUUGCUUGGACUCCCCCAGCAAACUACAAAAGUUCUUGUACCAUAGAUGUUACAUUCUUUCCAUUUGACCUCCAAAACUGCUCCAUGAAAUUUGGUUCCUGGACCUAUGAUGGCUCACAGGUUGAUAUUAUUCUAGAAGAUUAUGAUGUUGACAAGAGAGAUUUCUUUGAUAAUGGAGAAUGGGAAAUAGUAACUGCAACAGGGAGCAAAGGGAAGAGAACUGAUGGAUGCUGCUGGUACCCAUUUAUUACAUAUUCAUUUGUAAUUAGACGGUUGCCUCUUUUUUACACACUGUUUCUCAUUAUUCCGUGUAUAGGACUUUCAUUUUUAACUAUCCUUGUCUUUUAUCUCCCUUCAAAUGAAGGUGAAAAAAUUUCUCUCUGCACUUCGGUACUGGUGUCUUUGACUGUCUUUCUUCUUGUUAUUGAAGAGAUUAUACCAUCAUCUUCUAAAGUUAUACCACUUAUUGGAGAGUACUUGGUGUUUACUAUGAUUUUUGUGACACUGUCCAUUGUGAUAACUGUCUUUGCUAUUAAUAUUCAUCAUCGUUCCUCUUCUACUCACAAUGCUAUGGCACCUUGGGUCCGCAAGAUAUUUCUUCAUAAACUUCCAAAGAUACUUUGCAUGAGAAGUCAUGUAGAUAGAUACUUUGCUCAGAAAGAAGAAACUAGCAAUAUCAGUGGAUCAGAAUCAUCUAGGAACACCUUGGAAGCAGCUCUAGAUUCUAUCCGCUACAUUACAAGACAUAUCAUGAAGGAGAAUGACGUUCGCGAGGUUGUUGAAGACUGGAAAUUUAUAGCUCAGGUGCUUGAUCGAAUGUUUUUAUGGACUUUUCUUCUGGCUUCAAUAAUUGGAUCAAUUGGGUUGUUUAUUCCUGUUAUUUAUAAAUGGGCAAAUAUAAUAGUACCAGUCCACAUUGGAAACACACACACAUAA